AAAUAAAAAAAAAAAGAAAAGAAAACGGUUAGAAAGAAGGGAAUCGUGAAAGUUGAAAGCAGAACUCAAACCCAGACCCACCCAGACCCAGCAGCAGCCGCUGCAGCCCUACCGUCGCCGUUUCCUCCCAGCCGUCCCUGCGCCGGCCCUGCGCCGUCACCGUGCCAUCCCGUCGACGAACACUGGUUCUGCGAGAUUACUGCAUCGAUUUUGCAUCAGAUCCCGUCGCAUCCGGUUCGACCCAUCAUCGUCCCCGACUGCGGCAGACCAUCUUUCCUCCUCCUGGAAUAAAUACCUUGCCGGUUCCCUCUUCAUUUCUAUUUCUGGUAACCUCCUUCUAGUACUCCCCAUUGAUGAUAAAUGUAUUCUCAUCACAGGUAGUGUGAUAGAUGUUCAGUGCAGAAAUUUUUUCCCCAAAACACAAGCUGUCGAGUUGCUUCUUAGGGUUUCGGUUUGUUAAUUUUUUUUUAGUCUAGAAUGAGUUUGAUUGACUGUUAGUUUUCCUAGUUGUAGUAUUUUGUGUGUGUGAGAUUUCUAUGUACUUGGUUAUGAAAAUGUUGUUAGCUUGAAUGAAUAAGGCGAGAGGGACUUGGUGCAGAAUUUUUUUCCCCAAAAAACAAAGCUGUCAACGUGCUUCAAUAGGGGGUUCGGCUGGUUAAUUUUUUGUUAGUCUAGACAACUUGAAGGAAGAUUACGGUUUCUGUGCUUGCUGAAAACAGAUUUGAUUUGGCAUUUUUAGUUCUAAUCUUUGGCAUGGCAUGAUCAGUUUACUGAAUUAACUCUAAUAUUUAAAUAUGUGUGGAGUUGAAAUGGCCUCUAAAUAUUGUGUAGACUUUUGUGGUUUGGAGUUCAAAUGGCCUCUAAAUAUUGUGAAUACAAAUCUGUUUUGGAGGUCAAAUGGCCUCUACAUAUUGUGAAUACAAUUCUGUUUCGGAAAUGUCAUGGACCAUGCGUAUAUUGUUCAAUAAGUUUUUUUUGGAGUUCAAAUGGCCUUCAUUUUAUAGUUAUUUACUCUAAAACGUUUGGUAAGAAAAAUUCUGAUAUGUUUGUAAGAUUUAUAUGGAUAAGUGUCAUGUGGUUUUUAUGAAACAUAGUUUAGGGAAGUCCAAUUUGCACACCUUAGGUUCCCAUAACUUUAAAAAAAUAACAAGAAUAGUUAGAUACCUGGUUUUACUAUAAGAAUGAGUGGAGUAUAUUGUGGAAGGGAACAAUGUUAAUAAUUUUUCUGUGUAUGUGCUACGACAACUACUUUUAUUGUUCUCUUUGUAUAUGGACAGCAAUGCCUGAGUCACGUGGUGAAAAUUGCUCAAGCUCAGGAAAGUCAAUAGUUGAGUACCCAAUUUGUUACUGUGGAAUUAAAGCUUGUCAAAGAAUUGCGCAUACGGAUGAAAAUGAGGGGCGGCGAUUUUUUGGAUGCCAAAACUAUAUGUCUGGGAAGUCUUGUGGAUACUUCUGCUGGUAUGACCCUGAAAUACCAUCAUAUUGCCAAAAAACUAUCAAACGAUUACAACACUCAAUUGAUAAAUUAAAACUUGAAGUUGAAAAGAUCCAAGCAUCAAUGGAUAUCCAAAGCUUGAAUCAUCGACUACAAAUAGAGUCCGAGAAGCGCAAGAGGCAAAUGGAGAAGGCUACCUACGUGACACUAAUUUCAUUGUCGUGGUUUUUCUUUGUUGGGUUGCUUAUAUCUAGUUGUGGUUGGUUCAAAGGGAAAUGUUAAUAUAGUUGUAGAAGUAAGCAACUACAAAAGUCUAUUAGUAUGUAGAAGAUCUUUGUAUUUUGUGGAAGGUGGGCUGUCAGCUUGUUGCUGGAAAUUUUGGAUCCGAGUGCUGGAUCUUUGUAUCAUUGUGGAAAGUGUUUGUAUUUUGUGAAAACGAUAUGUAUUUGUUGAUAUUAAUGAAAAUGAAGUUUGUAUUAUUAA